CCGGCUCCGCGCCCCGCUCCUUCCCCCUCCCCUUUUUCCUUUUUUUUUUUUUUUUUUUAAUCUUAUUUUUUUGUUAAUUUUCUGACACUUCCCCUCCUGUUUUUCUCCUCGCCCCCUCCCCGCGGCCGGUUUGCAUGCAUUGUCUGUCUCCCAAGAUGGUUUGUGAGACCAAGAUUGUGGCGGAAGAUCAUGAAUCAAUCCCGGGAUCCAAAAAAGACACGAUCAUUGUUUCCUCCUCCCAGAUGUGGCCCUCUUUGGCGGGCUCCCCUCCCUCACCCCCACCUCCCCUCACCCCACCAAAAGAAGACCCCAGGCGCGACAAUGUCUAUAUCCGCGAAUUCCACCCCUCUGAACAGGAGGUGGUGCGCCGCAUCUUUUACGAGGGGAUCAUGGAGCGAAUCCCCAACACGGCGUUCAGGGGGCUGAAGCAGCAGCCCCUCACUCAGCUGCUCUACGGGCUGCUGGCGGUAAUGUGCUUUGUUGUGACCAAGUCCUUCCUGCUGACCUGCUGUUUGCCCAUCUUUCUGAUGGGCAUGAGGUACUACUUCAGUAGAAAAGUUAUCCUGCACUAUCUCGAUUGUGCGCUGCACACGGACAUGUCCGAUAUUGAGCAAUAUUACAUGAAACCGCCAGGCUCCUGCUUCUGGGUUGCCGUCCUGGAUGGCAACGUGGUGGGGAUCGUGGCAGCGCGGGGCAAUGAGGAAGACAACACCGUGGAGCUUCGCCGCAUGUCCGUCGACUCCAACUACCGCGGCAAAGGCAUCGCCAAGGCGCUGGGCCGCAAAGUGCUGGAGUUUGCCAUGCUCAACAACUACUCCUCCGUCGUGCUGGGGACCACGGCCGUGAAGAUGGCAGCCCACAAGCUCUACGAGUCCUUGGGGUUCAAGCACGUGGGUGUCGUGGAACAUUAUGCCCUGCCAGGGAUGACACGCUCCUUACUGGAGAGAAUGUUUUUCCAGGUCCGCUACCACCGCUACCGCCUGCAGCUGCGGGAAGAAUAAAAAAAAACCCCUACCAACCAAAACAAAACAACAAAAAAAAUAUUUUUUCCCCCCUUCCUCCCUCAUCAAAAAUAAUAAAUUACCCUUCUAUUCCUCAUCACCACUUAUUUGCCAAUUUUGGGUUAGAGUUUUUGUACCCUCACGUCACGUUUUGGUUUGCUCCGUUCAGCUCGAUGGGCCGGCCGAGCAGCGCCCCUUCCUCGCAUGCUGUAGGUGGUGGUGCUGGGAGUCCUGCAACCCAGCGGAGCGGAGCGCCGGCCUCUCCUUCCCAGGUACCUCCGUAAAGCACAGAAACUUACUGCAAAAUAGUACAACUGCUCCGGUGUACAUAGUCCUCUCCUCUCCCAGGUGUAAGAUAACAUAGUGAUGCAUUCAUAAUAGUGCAGAAAUAUUACUUGAAUGCAGUUUUCAGUAUUUCACGCAUCAGUAAGUAGAAUAUGCAUUCCUCUUACCGUAAUCUACUGGUUAAUAGUUUCCAGAGAAAAGGUGGGGGGUACGCCCUGCCCCCCUGCCCCAACCCGCUUGCUACAAUGCAUGAAGAGGAAAGCGCGUGCACGCACUCAAACACAUCGCACUGCCGCCACGGCACUGGUGUUGCACUUUUUUUGGAUGUGCCUCAUUCUGCCAAAUGUCUGAGAGACCCCGGGUGCAUCCGGUAACCACGACUCCGCUCCACCUCCCCUCCUUCCUAAGCCAGCACAGACUCGGACCGGCUGACCUGAGCCCCGUUGUACCAUAGUGUGAAGUUAAGAUCAAAUCUCAGUAUCUCCUGCGCUGUUCCGUAGCCACACGUAACCUGCAGUCCUGGGCCAGACUCCGCAUGUGCGUUGGACUUUCUCUUUGCUGCCUUUUGGGGUUUUUUGUUUGUUUUCAUCUUUUUUUUUUUUUUUUUAAGGGUUAUGUUUUUUUGUUGUUGUUGUUAUUUUUAGUUUUGGCUUUCGCUGAAUGGUGUCGUUGAGGCGUAAUGGAGGCUGCAGUUCCUAUGGCAACACAUUUGCACAUUAAUGUGCGCACCAAAUCUCACCACUUCAGAGAAGCGACGUGUGACAGAUAAUAGCAUUUUGGGGAGCACCGGGGUGGGGGGGAACGUACUUAUUAUCUUAACCAGCUGCUUGUUUGAUAAAUGUAGAUGGCCUCACUGCAGCCUUCCAUCAAAGGUAAUUAACUGCUUUAAUGAUGUCAGAUUUGUGAAUUGUACAAUGCAAAAAGCAAUGCAAAGCAGAUUCGGCAUGUGUCUGUACCCGGUAUGUAUGUACAGUGCCUGCCAACUAAAGAAUAACCAAGACUACAGCUUCUUCUAGCCUGAGAUAUCAACUUUUAUAACUUAUUUAAACAAAUAGCAACUUUGCAUGAAUUACAUCUUGGGGAAAAAGAAGACUGGUAGGUUUGAAUUUUUAAAGCGUGGUGUCAGAGGUAUUAGAGAAAACCAUUUUGGGCUGCACUUAAUUUUGGGUGGGUUGAGGGGUUUGGCUCUGCUAAUACAUUUAAAGGCAAAACCCCUUUAGUUACUGGGAAAAACAAUUAUUAUUUUAUGAAGUAUUACACGUGUGGUGAGGGGGGAAUCCCCCCGACCUCAUGGCAAUGCAGUUGGUGAAGGGGUAGAGCACGUGUUAACCACGCUGGCAAAUACAAUGGAAGAGUCAGCAGGAGAGCCACAGAAGGAAGGAGCCUUGGGGUGUGGGGAGGGGACAGGAGCCCUGGGGCAGGUUGGGGGACAGCCAGCACAGACCUUGGACGUGGGGUGCUGUCUGUCCCCCCCCUACCAGGAGCUGCCCUUUCCUCUGCAGCCAGAAGCUUUCCCAGCACUGAGAUGCCCUUUCAGUGCUUGGCUGGGGCUUGGUCCAGCCUGUGAGGAGUUGGAGGGGCAGAGUCCCAGCAAUAAGGGGUUAAUGAGGAUGGUGAAGGACACUGUAGCAAGAGACCACGAGUUUAAUUAACAAAAUUUCUGUAUGGGGCACUAUAUUUUUAAAAGUCUUUCUAUGCUGUACAUUUCUCCUGAAGCUGAAAUAAUGUACUGUUGGUAGGGGUUCUUGUAUAGUGUACAGAAAUCGGCAGAAUAUUUUCUUGCUGCGUUCAGUGAUUUAUUAACCGAAGUAAAACAGACAAAUAUAAAGUGUUAGCAAAAGUUGAAAGAAAAAACACAAAAGUUUGUGCCUUUUUUAGUUUAUUUUUCUGUUGCUAUAUAAUCACUGCACUAAAACCUUUCCAGAGGGGUAAAAAAAAAACAAGCAAAAAGUAGUCUCUUAAUAAGGGAGGAAUAUGUAAAGUCUAAAUUAAGCAUUAAUUUUUUUUAUUAGGCUAUUUAAUUAAACUAAUGUUGCUGGUUUUAUUUGAUACCUGUGCCUUUGAAAUAAAACUCCACAUCCUGUCAGAAAAUCCAAACCUGGAAUAAAUCCCACCAGAUUCCACAGACACAGAAGUGUCAUCAGGUUACCAGUAUUUUAUUCUAAACCAUGUAAAUUUUACCUGAUGAUAUUACAGUUUCUGAUCGUAAUACCUGUUGAGUUUCCUGGGGAAGAGGUGCUUUGGAAGAGGGUGGCUUUGGGGGUGCUGUCUGCAUUCCUCCCCAGCACACGGAAAUGCACUGAUAAGGAUUGAGUUGUUGCCACUUGGCCAGUAGCUGCCAAGAAAAUUUAUUCCCUUAAUGUUUCUGCCAGUUGCUUUGUGACCAGGCUUUUUGGAAGAAAUCCAGCUGGUUGCUCCCAGCUCUCCAGCCGGGACAGCUUGUUUCUGAAGGAAAGGGCUGCCUGCCAAAUAGGCUGGGAUUUGCUCUCCUUGGAAGGUGGUGCAGGCUGCCAGAGCUGCGUCCCUGUAGCAGCAGUGGGACAGGGGUGCACAACCUCCUGUGUUGUUGAUGCCUUUCCACCCAGAGCUGCCAAGGUUGGGCUUAUAAGCACCACAUGAUCCUGUUGUUUUAUCUGCAUGGGAAGUUCCCUGAAGGCAACAGCUCAGGCACAGCUCUGGGGUCAGGGUUGCUGGGCUCUGGACCGUGCCAGGCUCACCUGCUGCCAGGGAAGGGAGUGGGCAGACCACAGGGCAGCUCAUAGGGUGACACGUUGAGGUCAAGCUGCCUUUGGCAAAUCCAUCCCUCUGCAUCCUUCAGGGUGCACUGGUUUAAACAAGGUGCUUGGAAAAGAUCAGCACAGCCCUUCCUCUGGGCCUGAGCAUCAUCUCCUGACUCUCCGCAUCCCAGUUCAGAGGCUGAGUGGGUGAGGAGCAGCACAAGGUGGUGUGGGGUUGGUCCUGAGGAGAAGAGUUGGUGAUCUGGGCCUAUUGCCAGUCCUUGAGUCUUGAUUCCAACAGAGACUCAGAGCAGUGUGAGAUGGGAGGGGGUUUUCCUGAUUGAUUUUGGGGUUUCCCUUUCCAAGGACAACGUUGGCAGGAGUGUGAGGAAGAGUGGAGCGUCUCUUGGGUUUGAGCCCAGGGUUGGUAAAGGUGGUGGUUAAAGAAGACCAGUUCAGAUUUAGGUGGAGGAUGUAUUAGAGAUGUGAGGGCACCUCCCACAGCUGCUCCUAUUGCAGUGCAGCUGGGCUGUCACAGCCCCCUGCCCUCCUGCUGCCUGCAGAGAUGCAGUUUCCUCACCUGGCUGCUCUCUCCUUAGAGUGGGGCUUUUUUUGCUAAUCCCUGUGCACUGGACACUGCUCAAGUGUCCUUUGCUUGGAGGGGCUUGGGACAGAGUCAGUGCUCCCUGAGGAGCACUAGGUGUCAUGUCCAAAAGUUAAAAAACGACCAAAAACAGGAAAGGAGGGAAAAUUUGCAUUACUGUGGCUGAGGUCCACAGCCUUGGGGUUGCCCUGGCCCUCCAGCACAACCCAGGCCAUUCCCUGUGGAGUGAGUGGGAACUCCCUCCAGAGCCUGAGCAAACUGGCAUCUCAAGCACAUGUCAUAUUUGGCAAUAAGCUGUCUGGGAAGCUUGGCCCCUGAACAGAUCCAGGCUGAUAACGCUAAGCAAUCAAACCAACAAAGAGAGUGGUUUCUAAUCUAACUUGAAACCCUUAAAUUUGUAUUUGUUGUAAAUUUGUGCUGUGUUUUCCCUCUGUGAAGCAGAUAGCACCUGCAAGAUGCUUAGGAAUGGCAACUGUGUCUCUGGUGGGAGAUGCAGAAAAGUCCCAGGCAUUGCCAUCAGUGGAAAGUUGCUUUCCCUCCCCAUGAGGAUGAUUCCUGAGGUCAUGAUGUCAGAAUUAAUUAGUCCCUGGGUAGGAGAGGCAGGACUAAGGGUCAGCCGUGGCUAUUGGGGUUGGGAUGAGCCUGGUGGGUGCUGGUGCUGCACACCUGCAGCAGGAGCAGAAAGGGUUUGGUGCCAGGGGUGUCUUGGGCCCUUCCUUGCUGUGGCCAACUGGAAGAACAGAAGGUCCCAUGGGCAGAAUUCCCAAGGGAACUGUGGUUUUGCAGAACCUUGUCCCAAUCCUUUCUGCUGCUGUUGCUCACUGAUCCACAUCCGUAUGCAAUGCAGGUCUGCUGUCUUUUAAUUUGCCAGAUUUGCUGGCUGAGGUACAAAUGGAUAGAAACUGACUGCAGGGACUUCCAAAUUGCCAAACACACAAAGGCAGGAACCAGCUCUGGUUACCUCUGAAUUAACAAUCUCACUUUGGGUGUGCUGGGGCCUGUGUUUCAUUAGUGCUGGUGUGAUGCUCUUGGUAUGCACUCUACUUAAAGCUUAAUAAAUGCAUUUUAGUUCAACACUUAACUGGAGUCUUGCAGUAGAAUAUACUGUACCACAUAAAGAAAAUGAAGUAAUGCUAAGUGUUAAAUAAGCUUUAAAAUGCAAAAGGAAAAUUUUCUUUUUUUUCUCUCUCAAAAUAGAUCCACAUAGAAUCUUGAGGAAAAAUUGGUGUGCUCUUGCAUCCCUCAGUCAUAGAGCCUAUGCAACAGAGCUUAUGCUUAUCUCCCACCAAAACCUGCUACCUGAAUGGUGCUUGGGAGUACCUUCCAUAAAAAAUCAGGAGAUUAAUUUGAACAACUGAGAGUUUAGUCAAAACACAGUAUUCUUUAAAAUAACAAGCUCCAAGUGAGCAUUUGGAGUUUGAUCACAGUUAAAAUUGCUGUUCAGUGCUGUCUUUGUAUUGCACAAUGGUGACCUGUGGGAGAGAACAUGCUUUUAACAUCUUAAUAGUAGAAGACAGACCUAGUGAGACCAAGAGCAUAACAAAUACAUAAUGCAACUGUAAAUUUAUUUACAAGUAAAACGUUUGAAUGCAGAAGCAGCUACUGCUAUGUAAGUGUAAUGAACUUACAGCUAAUAUUGUUUCUAAUUUCUUUUCCUCCAAAGCUUAAUCCUUUUGCCUUGUAAUAUGUAUAUUUGAUUUUUUUUUAAUGUAAUUAGGUUAAACAAAGCAUCAGUUGCUUUGUGAGUUGUACUUAUGAUUGUGCUGGGCUGUUAGCUUUAAGCAGUUUGUGUGCUUGUGUUAUUUUAUUAAAGCAAAAGUCUUCUUGAGACAAAUGCAGUAAAGGAAAAAAAUAAUAUCUUUGGUAGUGUUAAGCAGAUGUGUGGUAUGCAUUUGGAAAAUGUCCAAUGUCAGUUAAAAAAAAAAAAAGACAACAAACAAACAGGUUAAAUUGCUUCCCAGAAUUGCUCAUGUUUAAGGCAGUGGCUUACUCACUCACGCCUAAAUAGAAACUUGGAUUCCCCCAAACAGCCUCUUACUCUGCAUCUCCUCACCGUUGUACAAGACCAAUGUGAAAUGAGUCUUGUGUUUUCUAUGUUCAGCAUAGUAUGUACUGUACUUUGUAACGGGAAGUGGCUACAAGUCCUCAAAGAAAAACAAACAUAUUCUAAAACAGCAAUAAUUACCACUGUAAAGCAAAAGAGCACGUGGGGGAGAGCCCAGGGAGACAGUUCAGGAAGGUGACGCUGUUAGGAGCACGCUGGCAGCAGUGUGUUCCUAAGGGGUGCUGUUGCACCUGGGGAGCAGGAUUAAGUACUAGGGAAGGCCAUCAGUCUCUGGAACUGGAUGUCACCUUGGCAGAGAACCUGCCCGUGUGGGGUCCCUAGAGCUGGGUCAUUGUGAGCCCGUAUGCAGUUAAGGGUGAGUUAUUGCAAAUACCAUUCCUGGUGGGAGAGACAGACAUAAGGAGGAGCUGUCAGAGUCACACAGAGGAAGGUAAACACUUAUUGCUGCAGUCUUGUGCCCCAGCAUACUCUGCUACUGCAUUCCUGGGGCUCAGCAAUGGCAGAAAGCAGAACCAAUCACUCUGAUUUCCUGUGGAGGGAAGUGGGAGUCAGCUCUGUGGGAAAGCUGGGUGCAUCCCAUGCAGGUAGCAAUGCAAAGCGUUCCCCUGGCGUGGCAGGGGGUUAGGAGGUGUGCAGGUUAUCCCUUGGUGUGCUUUAGGCUUUGGAGCUCCAGCCUCCAGAGCGUGACCCCCAUGCUCCAUGCGCAGCGCCCCGGGAGCCAGCCAGCUCCCGAGGGACACAGGGUGUCCUCAGGCAGGGGCAGGCCAGGUGCUCUGGACAAAUGACUUGUAGGUACUUAAGUUCUGUUCCUGAUGGCCGCUGUAACUGUGAAAAUUAACCAGACCUGCUGUGAUAAAUUUGGUUAUAUAAGGUUUAUUUGGUUAAUUUUUUAUAAGUGAAAACUGAAAAGAUGAAAGAGAAUUGUAAUAUGAAAGCAACUGCUGUAAAUAAUGUACGAAUGAAUAAAAUCUAAAACUUA